AUGGUUCAAAGAAAAUCGCCUUUCGACUUGUCCCGGUGUGCGCGACCGAAUAUAUUGGCUUUGGAACCAUAUCGCUGUGCUCGAGAUGACUACAAAGACGACGGCACCAACAUCCUCCUCGACGCCAACGAGAACGCGUAUGGGCCCGGAUUAGCGCUCGAUGGGCGCGGGAAGCUCCCUGGUAGCGCAGAAAAUGGCGACAGAGGCGGAUUGGACGUGGAUCUGCUUGGACUGAACAGAUACCCGGACCCCCACCAAGCCGACCUCAAACAGCUCCUAUGUAACCUCCGAAACACCCACACCCACACGUCCAAAACCCUCACCCCAGCCAACCUCUUCGUCGGCGUCGGCUCCGACGAAGCCAUCGACGCCCUCCUCCGCUGCUUCUGCGUCCCCAGCAAAGACAAGAUCCUCACCUGCCCGCCCACCUACGGCAUGUACGGCGUCUCCGCGCAAGUCAACGACAUCGCGCUCGUCAAAGUGCCCCUCCGCACCCCCGGCUUCGCCCUCGACGUGCCCGCCAUCAGCGCCGCGCUCGCCGCCGACCCGUCCAUAAAACUCGCAUACCUCUGCUCCCCGGGCAACCCGACCGGCUCGCUGCUCUCCAAAGCCGACGUCCAGCGCCUCCUCGAGCACGAGACCUGGAACGGCGUCGUCGUGCUCGACGAGGCCUACAUCGACUUCGCGCCCGAGGGGUCCAGUCUCGCGGAAUGGGUGACGGAGUGGCCGAACCUGGUCGUCAUGCAGACGCUGUCGAAGGCGUUUGGGCUCGCGGGGAUCAGGCUCGGUGCGGCGUUCACGUCGCCCGAGAUUGCGCGGCUGCUGAAUUCGCUGAAGGCGCCGUAUAAUAUCUCGAAUCCGACGUCGCAGCUUGCACGGGCGGCGCUGGGUGGGAGGCAUUUGGCGGUUAUGCGCGAGAAUCGCGGGUUGAUCAUUAGGCAGAGGGAUAGGUUGCUUGAGGAGCUACCGCGUGUGCCGGGGAUUGGGCAGUUUCUGGGUGGUGCGGAGUCGAACUUUUUGCUGGUGGAGAUGUUGGAUAGGCCGAAAGAGGAGGGUGGAAAGCCGAGUAAUGAGGUGGCGUUGCGGGUUUAUGAGAGUUUGGCAGAAGACAGAGGUGUGGUGGUCAGGUUUAGGGGUAGAGAAGUGGGGUGUCUAGGUUGUUUGCGCAUAACGGUAGGUACGGAGAAAGAGGUGGACAGAUUUUUGGUAGAGAUCAAAGCGGUGUUGCAGGGAAUAUACUCGAGUGCGAAUAGCAAGACAGAGAAAGAAGAGCAGAGGAGGGAGGUGGCAGCGAAUGACAUCGUAGCCUGAAAAAUCGUCCCUCUCCAUCAGCGUUCAAGAAGUCAAGGUUUCUAUAGAAUUCGGUUGAUUCAAAUACCUUGCACGAUCUACAAGAAAAAAGCCUCUGAACUUCUCAAGAAUCUACUCGAUGAAUACAAGCCUCUCUCUGUACACUCCCUUCCCGCACGUUUCUCACAACACCUAAGAAUUAUCCCAAUUUCUCCCACAUUCCAAAACCACUACACCUCCUUCCACACUACGCUCUACGCACAAACUCCCAAUCCCCAAG